AUGGAGACUAAUGAGUUUAAAGAAGCCAAUACCAGUAAUCCCUUUAUCAAUCAAGACUAUCUGAUGGAUAUGAACCAUGAAUAUACUCAAAUAGAUGAUAUAGUUGAGUAUCCUUUCAAAACAUUGAAUCGAAUACUCGAUGAUAUCAAAUGGUCCAUUCCCUAUAAGAAUUAUUGCAAUGAUAAGAGUUUAUUGAAUGGUAAGCCAAUUGACUACAGUAAAAGCUUAGCUGGAUUAGUAUCAUCCCAAGCAGUUAAGAGUGAGAUUCUUUUAUUGAAUAAUGAUGUUCCUCAUUGUAAAAACAUCAGUAUAGUGCAAUUAAAUGACCAUAAUGAGAAUCAAACCAUGACUAUUAUAAGGGGAUUAAUCAUUAUCAACAGAAAGACAGUUCAUCAUUUCCGUAUUCAGAUGUUAGAGAACGUAUCGCCAUUCUUUGAACGGAAAUCCACAGUGACCAAAUAUGAAUAUCAUGUUAUACCUAAAGACAAAAUAUCUGGUGAUGAUUUGAAACAAUUUGGAUCCGAUAAUUUAAUGCUAGAUGAAGGAUUCUUUGCCACUAAUAAUGAAGAUACCAAUCAUCUUUUACGAAUAGUGAUCUUUGGUAGUGAAUUUUCCGAUGAUGAUUUGAGAUUAUUGACUGAUUCGUCCAUUAUCACCACCAGAUAUAAGGAAUAUGCCACCAAAAAGGGUAAUAUCGACGUCGAUGCCAAUGUCACCGGAUUGAACUGUAUGAAGAAACUCAUAUCGGUGUUAAAAGGACCCAUUUUGUUAGAACAUGAUGCUCCUAUAAGAACCAUAGAUUUGAAUGAGACUUCUUUAGAAUCAUUUGUAGAUGUCAACUAUCUCACUGAUAAGUUAUAUUUCCGCUUGGCUGAUAACAAAUUACAACCACCGGCUUUAUAUGAGAACUUUGAACUCAAAGAAAGUUAUAUAAGGAAAGUUCUAGAACUUAUUUAUAGAGCUAAGAUGUUCAAAGUUCAUGAUAAUGAUUUCAAUGCCAUUUAUUCAUUCAAUGAUAAUUUAUCAUUGAUUUUCCGGACAUUCAAUGAGUUCGAUAAACAUCUUGGUCAAACUUUUGGUCAAUAUAAUGAUUCUACAACCGUACCAUCAUACGUUGACCUCAGUUGUAGUGAUUUCUUUCAAGAUGAAUUGAUCAUCAAGUGUUUUGAGAACACCGUCAGAUCAGAUGUGGACAAUAAGAUCUUUUAUGUAGAUGAUUUGAAAACCAUCAUGAAACACAAAACUAGUGGGAAGUUAAAGAGUUAUUUCGAUAAUCUUUAUCGAUCUGGUCAAAUGUAUGGAUAUAGUGAUUAUGUCCAAGCAUUGAAUAAGUUGAAAAUCGAACACACCAAUCAAAAACCCGAAGAAUUAUUGAUCAUUGAUGAUGAGUAUGUGAUUUCUGUGUAUGAAGUGAGUGUUGAAAGUGAUUUCAAAAACUAUGGAUACUUCAAUAAUGCCUUAGAAGUCAUUGGUACGGUCAAACAAUCAUCUAAGAUCAUUGAAUUCUUGAAAUCAGAAAUCAUCCCUGUGUUUUUAGCUCAACAAGAAGUUGGAAUUGAAGAAAUCACUGAAGAUGAUGUGGUUAUCACUGCUUUUGAGUAUAAAUUGAACGAUCUUGCCUUACAACCAAACAAUAAUGAUGAAAUCAAGACUUUAAAUAAAAGUUUAUUAUCAUUAGCUUACAAUAGGAAGAGUAGUAUUUUAAUGAACUACCUUGAAACCAAAUUUCCUGAUUUGUUAUUUGGUUAUACCAAUGUGUUGACUCUUCGAGAGAGUUUCGAGAUCUUAAAGUUGAACGAGAAAUCCAAUGACUUCGAGAUGAUUACUCAUUACCAGGAAAUGUUCCUUCUGAAAGAUAUCAGACUCUUAAGACAAGCUUUAAGAUCCAUUAAUUCCAUUAAGAGAUCCAAGAUCUUGAAUUAUUUCUUAAGGACAGGGAAAAUCGAUUCUUCACUCUUACCAGUAGAUGAAUGGCCAGCAGGUUUAGCUAACAUCGGUAAUACUUGUUAUCUUAAUUCAUUGUUACAGUAUUAUUUCUCCAUCAAGCCAUUGAGAGAUAUGGUGCUUAAUUUUGAAGAGAGUGACAUCAAAGGAGAUAGGAAGAUUGGGGGAAGAAAGAUCGAUGAUAAUGAAAUUCAAAGAUCUAAUCAGUUCAUUUAUCAUCUUCAGAAGUUAUUCCAAGAAAUGAUAGAAACCGAUCAACGGUAUGUGUCACCAUCGAAAGAUUUAGCUUUCUUAUCGUUUUUACCAUCAUCACAACCGGUGAGUUUCAUUCGAGAUGAUGGAAAUAAGGAGAAUCCAAUAAUGAUCGAUUCUGAUGUUAGUUCAAUGAGUGAAUCAAUUGAAGAGAUAAAUCCGUUUGAUGAGAAGGCUGGAGAUGAUGCCAUGGAUGAGGAUAUGGGGGAACAAGUUGAAUCUGAACAAGUCGAACCUGAACAGGUGGGAGAAGAUGUGGAACAAAGGGGAGUCGAACAAAUCAAAGAAGUCAAUCAAGAGAUUAAAGAAGUCGAGCACAAAGAAGUAAUAGACUCUGAACAAAACAAUGUCCACCACACCACCAACACCACCGACGAACAUCAAGAAGAAACAGAUUCAAGUGUAACUACUCCAGAUUCACCUCCUGAAACUAAAAUCUUACCCAUCAACACUAAAGAUAUGGAAACUACCAUCAACAUGGGUGGUCAACAAGAUGUUACCGAAUGUAUUGAAAAUGUCAAUUUCCAAAUCGAAACAGCUUUAGAACCUUUGAACAUCGAAGAUGAUGGUGAACAAUAUGAUCUUAUCAAACAAUUAUUCUAUGGAAAAAUCAAGCAAACCAUUGAACCCUUGGAAGGUGAAGGAGAAACUCGAUCUUCCAUUGAAAGAUUCUCUAGUUUGAUCGUUAACAUCAGUGAUCAUCCUAAAGAUAUUUACGACGCUUUGGAUAACUAUUUUAAUGCCGAUAUCAUCUCCUUGGAAUCAGGGUUGGUGAAGAAAUCUUUGACUUUACAUAAAUUACCAGAUAUCUUACAGUUCCAGGUGCAAAGAGUGCUUUUCGAUAGGGAAAGAUUGGUUCCUUAUAAAUCCAUUGAACCAAUUCCUUUCUUCGAUAAGAUUUACGUAGACCAAUUCUUGGAUACUCAAGAUGCUGAGAUUUUAACUAAACGAGAGGAAGUAUUUAAAUGGAAAACCGAAAUCAAAGAGUUACAAUCACAGAAAGAGAAUAUCUUAAAGGUAGAUGACGUGAGCAAGUUAACCAUCAUUGACUCCUUGAUAACCACCAAGCAAUAUUUAGAAUCUCUUGAUGAGAGUUUUGAAGUAGCUAAAGAAACCGUUGAUUACAUUGGUGAACAAAUUGAAGGGUUGAGGCAGAAAGUUAAAGAUAUCGAUGAAUCCAUUGAAACCAUUAACAAUAAUAUUACUCAUCAAUUCGAUAACUACAAAAAAGUGGGAUAUUCCAUCUUUGCUAUUUUCAUUCACAGAGGUGAGGCAAGUUUCGGCCAUUAUUGGAUUUACAUCAAAGAUCCUCAUCACAAAGUCGUUUACAGGAAAUAUAACGACGACAAUGUGACAGAGGUUCCAGCAUCAGAAAUUUUCAAGUUCGAACAAGGAAAUACUGCCACACCAUAUUACAUUGCUUAUGUCAAGGAAGAUAUUGAACAUGAUUAUGUAGAGCCAUUGAAGAGGAUAAUCAAAUGUUCGGGGUCCUCCUAG